ACUCGCAAUGGUUUGUGGGAUUUAUUUCCCACAGUUCCUUGGUUUCAGAUGACGCAUGCUUGGACGCUUCGCCGCUAACAAAUUUUCAAAGAUGGCGGAGGCAGCGGAAUUGUCCCCUAAAGCCCAAACGGACGAUACAGGUGACUCAACAGACCAGGAAUAUGAAAUCACAGCUGAUAUGAUGGUACAUGACAUGGACGAUGAAACGACCAUGGAUGAGGAAGAACUAAUGGCUGAUAAAGAGGAAUUUAAUGAAGAUGAAUUGUCAGAACUGCAAAAGGAACGUGACAUGCCUUUAGAGGACCUGCUAGCUCUUUAUGGAUACUCAGAUGAUGCCAACCCUGAGGCUGAUGUACCAUUGGAUGAAAUCAAGCCAGACCCACUUCCACCUUUGAUCGACGCACGUGAAAUUGAUCCACCCCAUCCUGCUGUAAAUCCAUUACUUGAAGAAAAUAUUUUACCAGAGAAUACAGAUUCACCAGCACCUCCAACCCCAGACUCCCCCCUGUCAGUACCAUCACCGAGAUCCCCACAGUCCCCUCCCUCUCCACGAGCAAGUCGAGACAACAACUUUUUCCCUGAAAACCAAAGAAUAACCAGAGGAUGUAAGUACUCUGAUAUUCCCCUAAAGAAAGGUUUAUAUCAGUCUGUAGCUGGAUUCUGGCUGAUAACAGUGCUUGUUGUCUAUAGCUUUUGAAAUAAUAAUGAAUGCACAUGGUCCAGACAAAAAAUUAGGACAUCUUGUCAUUAAACAGACUUGGUAGUUAGUUGGUGAAGUGUAAAACUUAUGCUGUUGUUGU